GGUGGUCCCACCCUAGGGACCUUAUCUACCAUUUCAUCUGCCUUUCCAUAUUCUCCGAUUCAUCUCUCCAGAUCAGCCGUUGCUUAUUUCUGUUUAAAUUUUAAACGCGAGAAAAAAAAAGGAAGGAGACAGAUCGAAAUCUGAGCAAAAAUACUGCGACCCGAUUCGUUUCCCAUCCAUCUCCUAAUCGGGCGAUGAAGACCGGCACAAAGCUCAUCGUUCUCCACCCAUCACUUCAAAAACAGGGCCUCUCUGUUCUGCCUUCCGCUUCUCACCGCAUCCUUGUUCUCGUUUUCGUCGCAUUCUUCGGUUUCGCCUUUGCACUCACUCUGUUUUCCGGCAGAGAUGCAGUUCCUGGAGCCGGUACCGACUCGUCGGUGGCAUCGAGGUCUCAGCUGCCCCAACCAGUGAUCGACGCGCUUCUGCACUACGCCACCAUGAAUACCACGUCGGUGGCUUCCCGAAUGUCACCCGCGGAGGUGGGCGCCGUCGCGGCAGCUCUCCGGCGGUGCGGAAAUUCUUGCAAUUUUCUGGUUUUCGGGUUGACCCAUGAGACCAUACUGUGGCAUUCGCUAAACCACGGCGGGCGGACGGUGGUCGUCGACGAGAGCGCGUACAUGGUGUCGAAAUUCGAGGAGAAACAUCCCGGAAUCGAGGCCUACGAUGUUCAGUUCACUACCAAAGUCAGUGAAUUCCAGAAUCUGUUGAAGCACGCGGAGGAAGAGGCGAAUAAGGAUUGCCGGGCCGUACAGAAUCUGCUCUUCUCCGACUGCAAAUUGGCCAUCAAUGAUCUCCCGAACCACAUAUACGACGUCGCUUGGGACAUUAUCCUGGUGGAUGGGCCGCGUGGGUAUUUACCGUCUUCGCCGGGGAGAAUGUCGGCGAUAUUCACCGCCGGCGUAUUAGCCAGGAGCAAGCGCGGCGGCACCGCCAAGACACAGGUGUUUGUUCACGAGAUCUACAGAGAGGUGGAGAGAGUGAGCAGUGAAAGGUUCCUUUGCAGGAACAAUAUGAUAAAUUCGUUGGAACAUUUGGGGCAUUUUGGGGUAGGAAAACUCGAAGAGAAGGAAUACAGAUUCUGCUCCAACUCCAAGUCUGAAUCGUCUUCGUCUUCGUCAAGACCGUCAAUGGCAGAUAAUUGAAGAAUUGCGCUGCCUGGUUAUUUCCUUUUUAUUUUACUUCUUAAAAUUACUCUAUGAUAUAAAUUUUUAAUGGGUACGAAGUAUAUUAUGAAUCUACCUUUAGCAAAAUCUGUAACUUUCUAGGUAAUCAAGAAAUCAAGAAUGAAAUGUUUUGCCGAGCUACUGUAAAAGACAGUAGAAAAUGGCUUCGUAACAAUUUGUCGGUGAUGAUGGGUUCGGGUCGUGUUCCCGUCGAUAUGUGCAGAGAUUAGCGAAAUCAUGAGACCUUUUUUUGUAUGGAAUCAUUGCCAAAAUAUGAAAUGUGACGGUGAAUGAUUUAUAGUUUAGUCUACCUGUAUUGUUCCUCUAAAUGCUCACAUUGAGCUUGAUUUGGGGUUGAAAUGUUGAAUACGAAAAAUUGUAAAUGAGGGUUUUUAUGCAGUACUAAGAGCCCGUUUUGGUGAGGUUGUUUUUUUUGUUUAUCGGGUUUAUCAAUCAAGGUAACGUAACCACUUCCACUAGAAUUUCA